AUCGUAACCGCGUUAUGCUUAUUAGAGCUGAGAGUAAACAUUUGGGGGUAUACAUUAUUGUUAUGACACUUUAAUGAUAUAGAACGGGUGUCUGUGCUUUAAGGUAGUUAUAUGCUGUAGAGGCGUCCCGAUUUUUGGGGUACGGUUUCGUAAGAGUUUAACGAAUUUGUGUGUGCAAUACACUUAAGAAUUGGUUUAAAUAAGCGGACGAUGUGCAAAUAUUGUUCUAUUUUCAAUUUAUAAAUCAGGGACAUCGUGGUUGUAGUUUAAAUCUCAAGUAUUGUGGUUUUGGACUAUUAACAUAAAAGAAUGACGCCAUCACCAACGUUAUCGUAAAAAUGGCAGACGACAUUGACUCAGAUCUCCAUCCCAUGUUUCAAGUAAUGCUCGAACGGACGGACGAUUGGCGUCCAGGAGAGAACGUCUCCAGUCUGGAUUACAACUUUCUCUCACGGCAUCCGUCAAUGUCCAUCUUUUUCCUUGUACUGACGUCCAUUGCAGCGUUUAUGGGGAAUGUUGGUAACUUUAUGGUUAUUGGCGCUAUUCUGAGUUACCGCCCGUUGCUAAGGAACAAAGGAAACAUGUUUGUGAUCAAUCUAGCCCUAGCGGAUAUUUGCAUUUCCAGCAUUGUUAGCCCAAUGAACAUGGUUGGUGUCACCAAAGGGCCAAGAUUUUUCCUGGACAAGGUAGUACUGUGUCACAUGUUGGGAAGUAUUUGUACGGUCAGCUGUCUAGUAUCGAUGGCUUCCAUAGCUGCUGUUGCAGUAAACAGAUUGAUACAAAUUUGCAAGCCGUUUAUAUAUCACCGUAUCUACACACACAAAAAGACAAUACUUUAUUGCGUUGGUCUCUGGAUCUGGGCCAUGCUUCUUGAUCUGCCAAAUUGGGUCGGCUGGGGAGGUCACACAUUUGCCUUGAAGGAGAUGGGAUGCACGUUUGACCGGCUAGCAAAUUAUGGAUAUACAAUUUUCAUGACUACGAUGUCGAUCUUCCUGCCAAUGACCGUUGUGCUUAGUUGUUAUAUUGCAAUUCUAAUAUAUGUGAGAAAUAGCCGAAGAGAGGUGCGAAAAUUAGGUGGAAGUGAAAAUACCCCGAUGCGCCUAUCACGAUCCAGUAAACGUGGUGGACCUGCGAAGAAAACGUCAUAUAAAAAGGACGAUCUUCAGUUCGCAAUUAUCCUAUUUAUAUCUUUUCUUGCAUUUGUGCUCUGCUGGAGUCCAUAUAUGAUAGCUUUAAUAUUUGAUUUUGAAGACGAAUGGACGAAGGAAAUCUACGUUGCCGGGACACUACUUGGACAUUCAAACAGUUGUCUUAACCCUAUUAUAUAUGCAAUGGGGUACGCACGAUUUCGCAAGGGUUAUUAUGUUUUCAUUCAUAAACUGUUUUGUAUGAAGAUAAAGCGAAACUCAAACUUCUAUGAUUCGAAAAGUACACUGCGUUAUACGAGCAGAUUUUCAAGAAGUCCUCUUAAAACACCUACUAUUGACAAGACAUUACAAAUUACAGAACAUAUCAUCUUAUCAACAUUGUCGACGCCCAUACGAGAAAAACAUUUCAACAGCAGUGAAACUGUUUCAAGAAGUAGCAAUAGCAUUUCAUCCUGAUUCUUUUUCAAACGUGCCGUAGAUGCAUGAAUGUCUUCGGACUUAUUUAUCUGGUCAUUUCGAGGAAGUAUUUCAAUAAACUCAAAAUCAAA